AUGUCCAAUUCGCCUACCCCAAGCCAAGGCCGCGCCGAUGGAAGCCACAGUCCUCCCCCGUUGCCAGUGCCGCCGUUCCCAGCAGCCAGAGACGAGGACAUCACGGUCAAUAAAGAUGAUAAUGGAAACCCCAUAGAAAUCAUAGUCCGCGUGCCCGACGAUCCAUCCAGGGCCCAAGCCUGCGACGCCUUCGCGUCCGUGACGCUGUGCGGAAAGCAUUCCGAGUACCGUGACGUGGUACAGCUGACGCUGGACAACCGCUCGAUCUGGGGGACCCUGCCGCACCUGUGUGAUCCAGAGCAGGGGCUGUUGCCCAACCUGAAAACACUGAGAUUGGAGGACGUUGACUUCAAGGAAGACUUCAAGGCCCAGCUGGGAGUGCUGCGAGGGCGGAAGGAGCUAAAGGUCGAGUUGGCGUGGCCCAAGGGCAAUGUGGCUACGGAGAGACGGGGUGCGAUGCGGGACUAUUUGGAAACCAUCGAAUUGAGGCUUCAAUCGACGCACUCUUUAGAAGAGCUAGGACGUGAGGAAGCCUUCUAUUGCCAGCGAGACUGA